GCGGCGUGCGGUGCAGAAGAAUCAAGUGUCAGAGUGAGGACAGCAAGUUGUUAAAUGGUGGAUGCGAUUCUACAAGUCCUAACGCGGCUGGAACUAUCUGUCCAACUAUUCAGGGAUCUGGUAAAUAAUGGAGUGGUAUGUCCUGGUGCUGAUGCUGAGCUUGCCGUCCUCCAUCCACACUGACUGCUCUUCACACUGUCAGAAAUGCGUGCAUCAGAUUCUCAGCCCCGACGCCGCCUUCACCAGCCUAACGUGCAGUGCGGAGUGUGACGGCCAGCUGGAGAGCUGCAGCCCAGCUCCGCGGACGGCGGACUUCAGCCAGGAGGAGGAGGAGAGGCAGCAGGCAGACCUGGUCAAACGCUACGGCGGUUUCAUUAAGAGGAUCGACAAGAACAAGAACAAAAUAUUUACCUCUCCGUGGCGCGAUAAUUAUAUCCUGAAGGCUAGAGCGCUGCCCAAGAAAUACGAGGACUUGCUGAAGAGGAUAGAAGAGAGAGAAGUUGACGCGCCGGAGGAUGCAGGCGACGCUCCGGAAGAUCAGAUUUCCCACGGAUACGUUAAACGUUACGGCGGCUUUCUACGCAAAUUCGGCCCCAAGUCAAAGAGGAGUAGUUCUGCGGAGGAGGAGAGCCCGGACACCGAGGAGCUGCAGAAGCGGUACGGAGGCUUUAUGAGAAGGGUCCGACCAAAGUUGAACAACCUUAAGUGGGACAAGCGAUAUGGAGGCUUUCUGCGCCGCCACUUCAAAAUCUCUGUGCGCUCAGUGGAGGAGCCCUAUGCCUCCUAUGAUGACAUGAGUUUAUAAGCCUAGAUGAAGUCUGCUGAAAAAAAAAGAAUAAAACUAGGAGGAACUUGUGCAGGUUCACCUGAAAUGCCAAUUCAUCCCAAAAGUGUCGUAUGCCUGCCUAUCUUGCUUAUACCCUACCGGGUGGUCUUCUGUGUAACACUCAUUUCUGCAAUAUCUGCAUCGUCUGUCAUUCAAUAAUGCAAUGCUUGUUUAAUAAAACUAUGAAGAAAUCCA